CUCGCAGCAUGGCGUCCGGUUGCAAGAUCGGCCCGUCCAUCCUCAACAGCGACCUGGCCAGUUUAGGGGCCGAGUGCCUCCGGAUGCUGGACUCCGGGGCUGACUAUCUGCACCUGGAUGUAAUGGACGGGCAUUUUGUUCCCAACAUCACCUUUGGUCACCCUGUGGUAGAAAGCCUCCGAAAGCAGCUAGGCCAGGACCCCUUCUUUGACAUGCACAUGAUGGUUUCCAGACCAGAACAGUGGGUAAAGCCAAUGGCUGUUGCAGGCGCUAACCAAUAUACCUUUCAUUUGGAGGCCACUGAGAAUCCCGGUGCUUUGAUUAAAGAUAUUCGGGAAAAUGGAAUGAAGGUUGGCCUUGCCAUUAAACCUGGAACUACAGUUGAAUAUUUGGCACCAUGGGCUAAUCAGAUAGACAUGGCCUUGGUUAUGACAGUGGAACCUGGGUUUGGAGGACAAAAAUUUAUGGACGAUAUGAUGCCAAAGGUUCACUGGUUGAGGACUCAGUUCCCGUCUUUGGACAUAGAGGUUGAUGGUGGCGUAGGUCCUGACACUAUCCAUAGAUGUGCAGAGGCAGGAGCUAACAUGAUUGUGUCUGGUAGUGCCAUUAUGAGGAGUGAAGAUCCCAGAUCUGUGAUCAACCUGUUAAGAAAUGUUUGCUCAGAAGCUGCUCAGAAACGCUCUCUUGAUCGAUAAUACCACAAGGAGGCUGUUUUUUCUUAGAAAAUCUGCUUUCUACUGGAAAAACAAAAGUAUUAACUACCAAAUCAUAAUCACAAUUGAGACAGUGCUGCUUUGCCGAACAAUUAAUUCAUUCCAGUGUUCUGUUCUACAGAAUGUUCCCCAAAAGGUUAGAAAUUGUUGUGUACAACUACUUUUAAGUGAUGAAAUUUAAAGAGUAGUGUGAUAAAAAUGUCAUUUUUAUUGGUAGGCUUGAUUUUCAUAAAAUUUUAUAAAGAGUAAUAAUAUGGCUGUAUUAAAGUUUAUUACAGAAAUGUGUUCAUGCCUAAGGAAGUACAAUCUAUGAUGAGAAAAUGUUUUUCUGCAUUUAUAAAAAAUGUUCAGUUGUUUGCUGUUUUUUAAAAGCAAA